UUUUCGCUGUACGGUAAUUUGCGUUCUCUAUUUUCUGUCAUUGGAAUAUCGAAUGGCAAAUUAAAGCAGUUGAGUAUUAGAAACACCUUGAGCAAAUUCCAUUGUGUUGUAAUUGCGCGGAUAAAUAUUAAACAGCAAGCGCGAGCGCAUCCUUAGGGUGGAAACAGAGAACGCUAUGCAAGACAGAGAGAGAGAGAGAAAGGACUUUAAGCUCAGAAACAACAUCACCCCAUUUACCACCCCCUGCAGUCCAGCCUCUUCGCUAUGCGAUAAUAUCAAAGCGCUUUUACUCGCGCACAUCUCACAUUUCGAGAGAAAAAUCAAAACAAAGACGAAAAGCAUAAAACCGUAAAACUUUGCAGAUUUCAUAUUAAUGGGAUUCGCGCACACGAGUUUCGCUUGGGAUUCGUUCAGAAAGAGCAAGUCCUUUGUGGCAAAUGGCUGUGUUCUCUGUUUUGUUCAUGCAUAAAUCUACAAGCAAAUAAUCAGCAAGCGCUUAAAUAUUCUUGUUUGUUUUUUUUACUACAAAUUUAGAAUUGCGCUUUAAAUGCACUACAGUGUUAAAUACGUCGUUUUAUUUUGGCGCUGUGUCUAAAGUUAAUUGCUAAUCUAAAUGUGUUAAGAAAUUCAAGAAAUACAAAUUUAAAAAUCAUAAUAAAAACGAACAAUUUGUAAUUGAACAAAAGCAAAAGUGUUUUUCCUGCGGGUUGCACUUAACAGAGCGGGCGUGUUGUGAAUGUGGCAAAGACGCAAUAGAACGCUUUUAAAGUGAGCAAAAAAGCUACUAAGUAAUCCGCGUGAAAUUUUGUGUAAUUUUUCUGGCACUUUACAAAUAAACUGCAGGGAAAAAGUUCAACAACAUAUCUAUUUUGAGAAAGUGAUUAAGCAAAACGGAGAAAACUUGCAUAUUACAGGUGAUAUUUAAAGGCAUAGAAAAAUUUAGCUCAUCAGCACCAAUCUACUAAGAAAUUUACAUUAACAUCUUUUAUCAAAAAAAGUAAUAUUAAUAGAAUCCAGAAAACGACCCCACCAAAAUUUUUGUAAUAACCUAAUGAUAUAGAAAAAUCAAAAAAAAAAGGAUUUUACAAUUACAAAACUGUAGAAAACUAUAUAGUAGUUAUCUUUUGCUGUGGCACGAAAUACCCCCAUUUAUAUACCAGCAGUAGUACUUUUUACUCUCAUCUACCCGCACACAAAAUCAUACUCGUAGCCAUACUUGAACUUCGUUUGGAGUCUCAAGCACCAGCAUACCACCAUUAGUACAAACCACUCCAAUUUGGCCGCCCUAAAAUUGACAUCUCCACUCUGUCCCUCCCCGUCACCAGCAACAAUCAACCGUAAUUCGUGUCUACUUGCUCGCAGCGCAUCCGUUGGAACUGAGCUGACUCUCUCACAAUACACAUUGCUUGACUGCUUGCCUGCACGUUUGUCGGCAAUUUCCGCAAAUUCUGUCAAAUCCUGUCAAUUUUACUUAAUUUUCGGUCAACCUGAGUUCAAAGGGGAAAAAGAAAAUUUCACCGAUGUUAUGUUGUGGAUUUUGCUGCGGCAAUAUGUCGAAACGUGAUUAUAAGGUGGCCACAACGGAUGGCAUUGAACUGGAGCCAUUGGGAGGCGAAAAAAUUGAUAAGGAAAAGGAAAAGGAUAAGGAAAAGCAAACGAAUGGCGUGACUUUCGGUGGCGAAUCGAGUGGUCGACAGACGCGUCAAGGAGUCGCUGUAUGCUCCCAGCGGCGCGCGCUACUGGUUGCUGGUAUCGUUUUGGGCUCGCUGCUGCUCACCGCGUUAAUAAUAGCCUAUGCUGGACCACAAAAUGAUUGUUCGUGCGCCGGCAAAUUGGCCCCUGGGUUCGAAACGGAUGAAGAGAACGACACACAGCCCUUCAAUCCGAUUGCGACGAAUGGCGAGCCCUAUCCAUGGCUGGAAUUGGCACUGCCAACGAGUGCGCGUCCUCUGCGUUACAUGGUCACAAUACAUCCCAAUCUGACGACGUUGGAUGUCAAGGGUCAAGUGACAAUUGAUCUUUUCAUGGAGAAGGAGACGCAUUUCAUAGUGUUGCACAUACAGGACUUGAAUGUCACCGAUAGGGCGAUUGUGACGUCAGGCAAUAAAGGUUAUGCCAUUAAAAUUGUCAAAGUGUUGGAGUAUCCACCACGUCAGCAACUAUACAUCGAAGUGAAGGAGAAACUGAAGAAAAAAUUAAAUUACACGCUCAAUUUGCGUUGGUAUUCGAAAUUAAGUCCGGAGCCGGAAGGUUUUUAUGUGGAUCAAUAUGAAAGUUCAAAUGGGCUCGAACGCUUACUAGCAGCUACAGUAUUUCGGCCGAAUAGCGCGCGUCGCGCUUUCCCUUGCUUUGAUGAGCCGCAAAUCCGCGCGCCCUUUCGUAUUUCCGUUUUUCGUGAUCGCUUCCACAUUGGUCUUUCCAAUUCGAUUGUGCACACCACAGAAGAUGUUGGCUUCUACAUGGGCACGGGCUUGUUACGUGAUGACUUCAUUGAGACGCCACCACUUCCCGCCGAUGCAGUCGCUUGGGUGGUGAGCGACUUCCAGCGCGAAUCGUUGCAGCCUUCGCCAGCCUAUUUGCCCACCACACCCGCGCCGCCUGGUACUGGGUUGAAAAAGUCUACGCAGCUGAAUAAUUACACCCAGUUGAGGGAAAAGAAACCACCAGUGCGCAAUAUCACCGCGCUAACCCAUUCAUUGAACAUUAAUCUGAUGAAGAAUGCCACCACAACGACAAUUGCGCCCACUGCCGAAACGAAUGGCAAGAAUUUCACAUCGUUGAGCCAGUCGACGGGUUCGCUUAUCAAGCGCGCACCCUCCUACACCUUCUAUGCGCCACGUGAUCUACUGCCACGCUCAUCUUUUAUACUACACACAGCACGUGACGUAUUGGAGCAUCUUCAGACCUGGUUAGACAUAUUAUAUCCGCUAACGAAGGUCGACUUCGUGGCGUUGCCCUCUCUUGAUCGCAACAUUAUCUCCUCGUUGGGCUUGGUUACAUUGAAGACCGCUUUUCUAACAGAUCCUGACUCCAUUACAACAGAAGAAUAUCAGAAGAGCGCUUUGCAAGUGGCUGAGGCCAUGGUGCGACAAUUCUUUGGUGGUAUUACAUCAAGAAAGGUGCUGAAGGAUGUCUGGCUAUGGGAGGGACUCAUCAAGUAUUUGGGCAUACAUUCGCUUUCACCGCAAAAAACCAAUUGGCCGUUGAAGGAAAUGUAUUUGCUAAAGAUGGCAACAGCGGCUUUAGAUAUUGAUGCCAUACAGGGUUGGGACAGCAUUAUGAAUGGAACCAAGCAUGAUGGAAACAAUGAAGAGUUCUUCAUACAAAAGACCGCUGCCAUAUUUUCAAUGUUACACACCGCCAUUGGAGAAGACCGUUUUCGGGGUUGUCUCGGUGCUUUUCUAAAAAUAAAUCGUUUUAAAACUGCCGAACCCACAGAUCUUUGGACAAUUUGCACAAAGAAAGCGAAUGGUUCCAAGAAUAUCAAAGACAUGAUGACUUUAUGGACACAUCAACCGGGCUUCCCUCUACUAACUGUUACCAAACUGGGCAACAGUGUAUCCAUAUCACAAAGACCUUUCAAGCCGGCUGAAUUUCUUGCCAUACACGAUGAGACUUAUGACGGCAACAACUACAACAAAACAGUGGUGAAUGUCACCCAGGCGCCGAGCACAGUGGCGCCAGCGACAACGGGUAAAAAUAAGCAGUCCUCACAUAUGAAAUGGAUAUUCCCAAUCACGUACAUAACCGACAUUAAUAAUGUCAGUGAAACGUUAUGGCUGCAAAAUAUUGAUGUCACCUUUAAUGUGCCGGAGAACGUAAAAUGGAUCAAGGUAAAUGCGCUGCAAUCAGGCUACUACCGCGUGUUGUAUAACGAUGAUAAUUGGGCCAACCUAAUUGAGGAACUCUCGAAUAGCCCCGACAAAUUUUCCAGUGAGGACCGCAUUGGUCUGCUGUCAGAUUCUUUUACACUGUGCCAUGCCAAUUUACUACCCUGUGAGAUCACCAUGAAUAUGAUACAAUAUUUACCCAGUGAAACGAAUUGGGGUCCAAUGGCAGUGGCGCUACGGCAUUUGGAAAAAUGGCGACGGAUACUGAAGUAUUCCGAAUGCUUCCUGAUGUUGUCUGAAUUUAUUAAAAUGAAAUUGGCCACCGUCAUUGAGAAAAUCGGUUGGAAUGAUGACGGCGACGAGGCUAAGAGACUCAUGAGACCCGAAGUACUCUUAAGUUCAGUGCUCUGGGAAGACAUCGAUAGCAUAACAAAGGCGAAAAAUAUGCUAAACCAAUUUCUUUAUUACAAUGGCACGGCGAUAUCGCCUAAUCUGAGAGAGGUGGUCUAUACCGGCUCCAUACUCUCCGGCGAGUACAUUUACUGGCAACACUGCUGGGAACGUUUCGUCACACUGCAACGCACAUCGGAGAGUUUCGUCGAGCGCAUGCAAUUAUUGCGAGCACUGGGCCGCACCAAAGACGCUUGGCUGCAAAAUCGCUUGCUCUCGCAUGUAACUAUGCUGCCAACCGUCGAAGUAGUGCAGGUGCUGCAGGCCAUUGCCGGCACACCGACGGGCGGCGCAAUGGCGUGCCGCUUUCUACAAGCCAAAUGGUUCGAGUUGGAAAUGCGUCUAGGCCAUGGAACGAUUAGUUUUGCUAAAGUGAUAUCAGCGAUAACACAAUACGGAGCGACGAAGUUCGAUUACGAUGAGCUUAAAUCGCUGGUGCAUCGCUUUGGACGCGGUCCCGGCAUGGAAGUGCUAAAUAUGACACUCAGUAGUGUGGCCUCCAAUGUGGAGUGGGUGGCGCGCUCUCAAACGUCGCUGUAUAAAUGGGUGGAGAGUAAUUUGCAUUCGCAUUGAUUCAGCAAAACAGCAACACACAAUAACAACAAAAUAUUAAGAUUUAUGAUUUAAAAGAUUUUCGUUCAGUUGUAGAGUUUCUCAUCAAACAAGACUACGUUCAAAAUCAUUGUAAAGGACAUACGCAACUAGCAAAUAUUCAUACAUACAUACAUAUGUAGGUAUUC